ACAUCCCACAUUGAACCACAUCAACUCUUCUCAUUAGUUCAUCAUCCUCACCGGAAAACUCCCUUUCUUCAAGAGUUGGAAAACGUAGUUCAAAAAAAGCAAUUUAACAUCAUUUAACAAUACGGCAAACUCGAAGCAAGAUAAGCUGAAAGAUUUAAAAGAUCCAAUAAUACUUGAUUGGAGAAUGAAUGGCAAAAAGGGUAGCUUUGAGAUCAACAUUCCACCAAUGGCUACCAAAGCUAAGCAGCAAGAAACGGAAAAGAAUGCUGGAAUUGGAGGAUUUUCCUAUGAGGCUUGUAUUUGGAAGGUGUGGGAAUUUGCCAAAGAAGAUAGCAAGAGAGUAACAUUCUCUUUCAAAGUGGGGCUUUCUGUUCUUCUUGUGUCUUUGCUUAUACUAUUCCAAGCACCUUAUGAUAUAUUUGGCACCAAUAUCAUCUGGUCCAUCCUCACAGUUGCCAUCAUGUUUGAAUAUACAGUUGGUGCAACUUUCAAUCGAGGAUUCAACCGAGCACUUGGGAGCUUGCUUGCAGGGAUUUUGGCUAUUGCAGUUGGUCAGUUAGCUCUACUUUGUGGCAGGGUUGCAGAGCCUAUUAUACUGGGAAUUAGCAUCUUUCUCGUUGGGGCUAUUACAUCUUUCAUGAAAUUAUGGCCAUCACUUGUUCCAUAUGAGUAUGGAUUCAAGGUCAUACUCUUUACCUACUGCUUGAUCAUAGUCUCCGGUUAUCGAAUGGGGAAUCCAAUUAAGACUGCAAUGGAUCGGCUAUACUCUAUUGCCAUUGGAGGGUUUGUAGCAGUCCUAGUGAAUGUGUUGGUUUUUCCUAUAUGGGCUGGGGAGCUAUUGCAUGAGGAGCUAGUCAGCAGCUUUAACUCGGUUGCCGACUCUCUUGAAGAAUGUGUGAAGAAAUACUUAGAAGGUGAUGGGUUGGAUCAUCCAGAGUUCUCCAAGACUGUAAUGGAUCAGUUUCCAGAUGAGCCUGCUUACAGGAAAUGUAGAAGUACCCUAAAUUCCUCUGUGAAACUCGAAUCAUGGGCUAAUGCAGCAAAAUGGGAGCCACCACAUGGCAGGUUUCGACACGUUUUCUAUCCAUGUCCAUGGACAGAGUAUGUUAAGGUUGGAGCAGUUCUACGAUACUGUGCUUAUGAGGUUAUGGCACUUCAUGGAGUCCUGCACUCUGAGAUUCAGGCACCUUACAACCUCCGAGUCACAUUCCAGUUAGAAAUUCAGGACGCAGCAACCCAGGCUGCAGAACUAGUAAGGAACUUGGGAAAAGACAUUAGUGAUAUGAAGCAAAGUCUCAAAACCUCACUAUUAAAGAAGGUUCACAUCUCAACUGAGCGAUUACAACGUGCCAUAGACAUGCACUCUUACCUCCUUAUAUCUAAUUUUGAGCCUACUGACAACUCUUCCAAACCAUUCCCCAAGCUGUCUCAUACACUUUCGACCAACCCGUAUGACCUCUCAAAUCAAUUGCCUGAGCUAGACAGCAAUAGCUUAGCAAAGAAUUCAGAUCCAUUAAACCAAUCCACACCUUCAGGGACUAUUCCACUAGAACAAUCCGUGGACUCUUACCAUGAGAUGAUGAGAAAGCAAUCAAGGAGGCUGUAUUCAUGGCCAUCAAGGGAAGUGGAUGCUUUUGAAGAAGAGGGAGGUCUUGCUGUGGACUUUCUGCCCAGAAUGAGGGCAUUAGAGAGCACUGCAGCACUGUCACUUGCCACAUUUACUUCCCUACUCAUUGAGUUUGUUGCUAGGCUUGAUCACUUGGUUGAAGCAGUUGAUGAGCUUUCAAAGAUGGCCAAAUUCAAGCAUGAGAGUGUAUAGAAGAAAGAUGUCUGCAUAUACAGAUUUUGAUAUGAUACUGAUGUACAAGACACACUACUGAAAAAAAAAAUCGAGCAAGGGAAAAAGGGAUUGUAAUCACCUGAAAAUAAAAUUCCAAUAACUGAAAUUAAUCGAAGUUCUUAAGAUUAAAGACGAUCUAAAUCAGGCAUAAUUAUUUGUUGAUCCACAGGGGAAGUUGAAAGGGAACUUGGGAUUGAUGCCAAUAAUCCUGUUUCUUGAUUAUAAUUACAAUUAAAAUCAGAUUGUGCAAUUUGGGUGGUAGUAACACAAUCCUAUUGACCAUAAUUUCAUCUCAAAAAUUAAAUGCAAGAAAAGGAAAAUAAAA